AUGUGGCACCCUUCCAACAACACUUCCUUGACACGUCGUUUUUGUUUCUGGACAGCCGAUGAGCUUCUCCGAGCGUAUCGAUCCAAAACACUUUCUCCAAAAGUAGUCGUUCAGGAUAUUCUUGAAAGAAUUCAACAAGUGAAUGACAAGGUGAAUGCCUAUUGUUUUGUAGAGGAGAAGGAAAAAUUAUUAAAGCAAGCUGAGGAGUCGGAAGAGAGAUAUUUGAAUGGAAAUCCAUUACCAUUGGAUGGAAUUCCAGUGAGUGUUAAAGAUUUACUUACUGUCAAGGGCUGGAAAACUUGUUUCGGUUCCAAAGCUUAUACCACUCAACGACUUGAAUUAUCUGGAAAUAACGAACAAGCAUUGAUCGAUCAAGUCGAUUCUCCAAGUGUGGAACAUGCCAGAAAAGCAGGAUGUAUUUUCAUUGGAAAAGUGACAAGUCCAGAAUUUGGAUGGGAAGGAGUAACCUUGUCACCCAUGACAGGAAUUACUCGAAAUCCAUUCGAUUUUAAUUUAUCGAGUGGAGGAAGUUCUGGAGGAAGCUCAGCUGCGUUGGGAUUGGGAAUGGCACCAUUAUCGAUUGGUUCGGAUGCUGCUGGUAGUGUAAGAAUUCCAGCUUCGAUGUGCAUGGUUUCAUCCAUUAAGCCAACAGUUUCCAUGGUUCCUCACGCUCCUGCUUCUCCAUUCGGAACGAUGGCCAACAUUGGACCCAUGGCCAUGACCAUCAAAGACGUUGCUCUCUUUCUCGAUAUAAUUGCUCAACCUCAUCCAUGGGAUCCGCUUUCAAUUCAUCCUUCUUCAUAUGGUGGAAAUGAGAAUUCUCAAAAAAAUGUGAACGAUUUGUACGAUUCACCUCCAAGAAAAUACAGUGAUGAUUUGGAAGGAUCUAUUCGUGGUUUGAGAAUUGGAAUGAAUUUUUCUCUUUCUUCAUAUUGUGAUCCAGAUAUUGAGAAGGCCGUUCGACAAGCAGCCAAAGUAUUCGAACAAUUAGGAGCCAUUGUUGAGGAAGUUCCAGAGCUACCUUUCCAAAAAGAUUCUGAAAAUCUUGACAUUUUUGGAUCCUUUAAAGUAUUGUGGUGUACGGGAGGAGCCACCGUUCUCAACAAACGAAUUCAACCAGAAUAUCAACAUCUAGUUGAUGAAAAUUUACAACAAGUUGCUUCACGUGGACGUUCCUACACUGCUUACGAUUUGAAUAGUGCUGAAAUGACUCGAACGACCAUGACAGCUCUCAUGAAUCAACAAUUUUUCACAAAAUAUGACAUUUUACUCACUCCCACACUUCCCAUUACUGCCAUUGAUGCAGAAUUGGAAACUUGUCGUGAUGAAAAAAUUGUUGAACAAUUAUGUGGAUUUCAUUUGGAAACAAGUGACAAGAAUCAUCAUUCUGUACCAAAACCUCCAUGUCAAUCUCCAUAUUUUGAAAAGGAAUUUGAUAUGCGUCGUUGGUGGAUGUUUUGUCAAUACACAUAUCCAAUGAAUAUGAUGAAAUUACCAGCUGCUUCCGUUCCGUGUGGAAAGUUUAUGGGUCUACAUGUUGUGGGCCCACAGUAUGCAGAACGUUUGGUGUUGAAGGUCGCUCAUGCAUUCCAGUGUCAUACGGAUUUUGUUCCUGACUUGUCAAAGAAUUGUUGUGAGUGA